GAAAAGAGAGAGAGAAGAGGGUCUAAAGUUUCAACAAUGGAUGCAGUGCUCCCUGGACUUGGCCUCUGCACCCCUCGACCCUCUCACUAUCUCCAUCCUCGAACAAGAAAACCUAAAACCAACAAACUCCACCUCCACUCCUCCGUCUCCGCCUCCGCCACCAGCAAAUGGGCGGAGCGCCUCAUUUCCGAUUUCCAAUUCCUCGGCGACACUUCUUCUUCUUCCACUUCCGCCGCCACUCUCAACCCUCCCUCCCUCCCUCCUCCGCCGCUGGAGCGCCAAGUCACCAUCCCCCUCGACCUCUACCGUCUCCUCGGCGCCGAGUCCCAUUUCCUCGGCGACGGCAUUCGCCGUGCGUACGAGGCCAAAUUCUCCAAGCCUCCUCAGUAUGCUUUCAGCAACGACGCCUUAAUCAGCCGCCGCCAAAUCCUCCAAGCCGCUUGCGAAACCCUAGCUGACCCUGCUUCACGACGAGACUACAAUCAGCACCUCCUCGAUGAUGAGGACGCUGCCAUUCUCACACAAGUCCCAUUCGACAAGGUUCCUGGAGCUCUGUGUGCGUUGCAGGAAGCUGGGGAGACGGAGCUAGUGCUUCAGGUUGGAGAGGGUUUGCUUAGAGAGAGGUUGCCCAAGACUUUUAAGCAAGAUGUUGUGCUGGCCAUGGCGCUCGCCUUUGUUGACAUCUCUAGGGAUGCAAUGGCGUUGUCCCCGCCCGAUUUUGUUGUGGCGUCGGAGAUGCUCGAGAGGGCAUUGAGGCUUUUGCAGGAAGAAGGGGCAAGCAGCCUAGCACCAGAUUUACAAGCACAAAUUGAUGAGACACUAGAAGAGAUAACACCACGUUGUGUUUUGGAACUCUUAGCCUUGCCUCUUGGUGAUGAACAUCGAGCACGGAGAGAGGAAGGUCUCCACGGUGUCCGCAACAUUUUGUGGGCUGUUGGUGGUGGGGGAGCAGCUGCAAUUGGUGGUGGUUUCACCCGUGAAGAUUUCAUGAACGAGGCAUUUUUACAUAUGACAGCAGCUGAACAGGUUGAACUUUUUGUAGCCACACCAAGUAAUAUUCCAGCUGAAAGCUUUGAAGCGUAUGGAGUGGCACUUGCACUGGUUGCACAAGCCUUUGUAGGUAAAAAGCCACAUCUUAUCCAAGAUGCUGAUAACUUAUUCCAACAACUUCAACAAACUAAGGUAACCGCUAUGAGGAAUGCUUCUGACGUUCAUACUCCCAAUGAGAGGAGAGAUGUUGAUUUUGCUUUAGAACGGGGCCUCUGUGCAUUGCUUGUUGGGGAGCUUGAUCAGUGUCGGACUUGGUUGGGACUAGAUAGUGAUAGCUCUCCUUAUAGAAACCCAUCUAUUAUAGACUUUAUUUUGGAAAAUGCAAAGGGUGAUGAAGACAGUGAUCUUCCUGGGCUCUGUAAAUUGUUGGAGACAUGGUUGAUGGAGGUGGUUUUCCCCAGGUUUAGAGAUACUCAGGACUCAGGAUUCAAGCUUGGAGAUUACUAUGAUGACCCUAAAGUGCUGAGAUAUCUAGAAAGGCUGGAGGGUGUUGGCCGUUCACCUUUGGCUGCUGCAGCAGCCAUAGUAAAAAUUGGAGCUGAGGAGGCUACUGCUGCUAUUGGUCAUGUCCAGGCUAGUGCAAUAAACGCAUUGAAGAAGGUGUUUCCUGUUGCCUCCAAUGAUCAAAUUGUGAAACAUCCAGAAAAUAGUGAGAAGAAUUAUUCUAGUCUAUCUGAUAGUGAGAAUCCUCCGAUAUUAUCAGAUCAGGAUACUUCAGUCAAUGUUGAGGCUUCUGGAAUAAAAAAUACUACUGAGAUAAAUGAUGGUAAACUUAUUACUGAUGAAAUUAAAUAUGCAAGUGUGAAGAUCAUGUGUGCUGGUGCUGUAAUAGGACUAGUAACUUUGGCUGGUCUGAAGUUUUUACCUGCAAGGAACAGCUCACCCAUCCUACGCAAAGUGUCUGGUUCAGCAAUGGCGUCAGAUACUAUCAAACUAGGAGAUGAAGAAUUAGCAGAGGAACUACCAAAAAUGAAUGCAAGGGUUGCUGAAGCUCUAGUCCGCAAGUGGCAGAAUAUUAAAUCCCAAGCUUUUGGACCUGACCAUUGCCUGGGAAGAUUGCAGGAGGUUUUGGAUGGUGAAAUGCUCAAGAUAUGGACUGACCGUGCAGCUGAGAUUGCCGAGCGUGGUUGGUCCUAUGACUACACCUUGGAGGAUCUCAACAUCGAUAGUGUGACUAUAUCACAGAAUGGGCGGCGUGCAGUUGUGGAAACAACUCUCUCAGAGUCAGCACACCUCACUGCUGUAGGUCAUCCACAACAUGAUGCUUCCAACAGCAGAACCUACACAACAAGAUAUGAGAUGUCUUUUUCAGGUUCAGGGUGGAAAAUUGUUGAAGGAGCUGUCCUCGAGUCAUGAUUAUAUAUUUUAGCUCCAGAUAUUUCAAUUUCAAUCAACCCCACUGUCUUAUAUGUAUCCUAUUGUUUUUGUUUUUGAAUGAUGGUGCACUUUUCAAGCACAUAUGUAGUCAAAGCUGUAAAUACUCACGGUAUUUGAUCUAAUAAUCAUCCAGUUAUGAAGUCAAA